AUGUGGAAUAUAAUUUCAGUGACAGUGCUAUUGACUAUAUUCAGUUCAGUUUUCAGUGAAGAUGCAUUUCUAAACGAGAGUAUACACAUAAGAGUAAAACGUGGAAAGUACUAUUCAUAUCCUUCUAGGUUCUACAGGCCACCUCCCAACAGUUACCCUGUCAAAGGGACCUUUUCUAUAACCCCCCCUCCUGGAUACAUGACGAUUGACGACGAACCCCCUUAUCCGGGAAGACCACACGAUCCAAGACCUAAGGUUAGUAGUAUUAAAAGACCCAAUGACGGCUUAAGAGACGAUGAUAUAAAUAACCUUGUUAAAUACUUAAGCAAACAAGAUUUGGAUAAGCUUAUAGAUAUAGCCAGUGAAAAAGAAAGAUUUAGAGAAAAUUCAGUUGAAAGAAGACCUUAUAAACGAGAUGAAAGUAGAGUUAAAGAUACUGAGUAUCCCACUCCAGGGUUUUCUCUAAACGGUCCUUAUAAAAUAUAUGAAUCAGACAAAUUCAACAAAAAUGGACCUUGGCUACAAGAAUCAGAUUCAAUCCCAAUUAAUUUCAAGCCUCAUGACGAGGUAUAUAAUGAGCCUUUCAGAUCCCAAAAUAAUGAGGAAUUCAGGCCUAAACCUCAAGAAUAUGAUAAAUACAACGGCCCAUACGCACCAACAUCUGUGCUUAACUACGUCGAAGACGCCACACAAUCAAAAGUAGUCUACGUUAACCACGACACCCCAAAUUUUCAAACAGAUGAAUCAAUGCAAAAUAAACAGAUAUCGUAUUUAAAUGCGUAUAUACAUCAUGAGAUUAAUGACAUGCCAAAACAGGAAGAUAAUGGACACAGAGAAGAAUUAUUGCCAAAACCUGUUAAUUUAAGAGAAGAAGAUUUUGAUAUUUCUUACACAAAUAAUGUGCCAACUGUAGUAAGACCUAGCUAUAAGGUGGAGAGUUUUGGAGAUCUGCCUUUGAUGAGUAAUGCUCAUAAAUUGGAUACAGUCAGUUCGUACAAAGUGCCGCAUUACACAGUAAGUAGUGAAAGAAAACUCAAUGUCUUAAAUCUCAUUUCGAAUUUCUCCUACAUCACAGUAACAUCAAGCUCAAAAUAUAGCCCGCCUCCACCACCCCCACCAUCAUCAUCAUAUUCCUCACCCUCCGUGCCACUAGAACCAGCCCCUCCAAUCUCAGCAGCGAAGGAACAGAGCGACGCACAUCUAAAAGCUAUUAAGAUAUGGACGCAUCGCUCGCAAGGGGCAGCUUAUACGUUACAUAAUGACGGGACUUUGUCGUUAGAAAGGCAGAGGCCGAAGACUAAAUACGGACAAUGAUUAACACAGACUAAACAG